GGAAGGGAGGCAGCAGCAGCAGCAGCCGGUACCGAGAGAGGAAGCGGCUGAGCCCUGCCGCUCCCUGGCUGGAGCUGCGAGCAGCGGGCAGCCGCUCCCCCGGCUAGCCGGGCUGCGAUGGCAUCCGCCGCUGGCCUGCAGGAUGGCCCCCGGCCCUAGAGCAGCGGGGCGGCCGGCGGGGAGCCCCCCGGGGGGCGGGCUCACCAUCGCGGCGGCUCUGUGUCUGUUGCAUGGGGGGCUCUGGCGCUCUGGCGGCCGCUCUCCGGGACUGAUGAGCGACUGCAGCCCGGCCCGGAGGAAGAUCUGCCGGGGGAGGCGGAGGAGGAUGGCGGCGGCGGGGCCGGUGUGUAAGUGUCCCCGGACCCGGUUGCCCGUGGGGGGAGCCAGUGCCUUGUGUGUCUUUGUCCUUUGCUGGCUCUACAUCUUCCCCGUGUACCGGCUGCCCGACGAGAAGGAGGUCGUGCAGGGGGUGCUGCUGCAGCAGGGCAAGGCGUGGAGGAGCAACCAGACCGCAGUCACCGGCUUCAGGAAACAGCUGGAAGACUGUUGUGACCCUGGUCAGCUCUUUGCUAUGACAAAACAGAACUCUCCGCUGGGAAAGAACCUCUGGUUUGAUGGGGAAUUUUUACAUUCUGUCACUAUUGACAAUGCAACUUACUCCCUUUUCCCACAGGCUACCCCAUUCCAGCUCCCAUUGAAGAAAUGCUCCGUGGUGGGAAAUGGUGGGAUUCUGAAGAAGAGUGGCUGUGGCAGACAAAUAGAUCAAGCAGAUUUUGUCAUGCGAUGCAACCUUCCUCCUCUGUCCAGUGAAUACAGCAAGGAUGUUGGAUCCAAGACCCAGCUGGUGACGGCUAAUCCCAGUAUAAUUGAGAAAAGAUUCCAGAAUCUGCUUUGGUCUAGAAAAACCUUUGUGGAUAGUGUUAAAGUCUAUAACCAUAGCUACAUCUAUAUGCCAGCCUUCUCUAUGAAGACGGGGACAGAGCCAUCCCUACGGGUUUACUACACCCUGGAGGACUUUGGUGCCAACCAAACGGUGCUCUUUGCCAAUCCCAACUUCCUCCGUGACAUUGGCAAGUUUUGGAAGAGCAGAGGAAUCCAUGCUAAGCGGCUUUCAACAGGUCUCUUCCUUGUCAGCGCAGCCCUAGGUCUGUGCGAAGAAGUAACCAUCUAUGGCUUCUGGCCUUUUUCAGUGGACCUGCAUGGGAGGUUUAUCAGCCAUCAUUACUAUGACAAUGUGUUGCCUGAUUCUGGGUUCCAUGCCAUGCCAGAGGAGUUUCUACAGCUCUGGUUUCUUCAUAAAAAUGGUGUAUUGAGAAUGCAGCUAGAACAGUGUGAGGCCCCUUUACUCCAGUCCUCUGCUUAAGGACAAUAAGGAAGGGCAUGGAGGAUCCUCUUUGUUUUAAUUUCCAUAUUCUCCAACAAGAAAAUUAAAAGAGAAAGGGGGAAAUAUUUAUGGAUUUGCAGAGACCUUAAAGAUGCUACUUGUUCCAUUGAUAACAUGAAGGCCAAACAAGAGACACAUCCUUACACACAGUGUUAUGGAGAAAUAAGUAGCUUUCAUGGAAUUCACUCUGCAUAAUUAUGAAAUUACUGUUGCACCCCUGAACCUGAUUGGUUCCCAUUUUAAAAGAUCAAUUGAAAAGGGGCAUUAAGGAUUGGAUGGAGGCUGACUGUGCUAAAUAUUACUUGCUGUUGAAAGUCCAUUUAAUUCCAGAUUAGCACGACCCCCUUUCUUUCCUUCCUUUCUUACUACCUUCCUUCAAGCCAGUAGUGCUGAAUGUCACCAGCUCCCAGUGACUUCAAGGGAAGGAGCUGAGGGUGCUUAGACUCUGGUGAAACCGUGCCCAGUUUUUGUAAUCCCUGAAUAUUGGAAAACCUCUGCCUAACCACAGUAUUAAGCAGUGGUAGUCCAGAACUCUGCAGUUUACAACCAUGUUAAUGUAGCAUUAUGGACUAGAGAUGGUUGAAAAUGGUAAUACAUUUUAAUGAAACGCUGGCAAAUUCUUUGGGAAAUGUUGAAGCUAAAAACAAUUCAAGUAGCGUGGUUUUGGCCUAUUGUUGUAGAAUAGUAAGUUUUGUAAUAAGGGCUGCUCCUGACCAAUUUACUGUACGUUCUUUGAGUCUCAUUCUGUAUUCCUUCUUAUGUCAAAUGCUCAUUGAUCUCAAUGGGAGUUUGAGGCACACAAAGGUAUGCGGGCCCAGGUUCUUAAUUUACUUGUAGUGCAGACGGUACACAGUGAGUAUAGGUGUCUUUUAAAAUUUGUUAAAACACUGAAAAUCCUUUUUCCUUGAAGCGAUGUUCUGUUUGUGCGAUUAGAUCCCUUCCUGUCUGUAUUGCAAUGCUGGCCGUAAAGUUGUAUUUUUUAUUUUUUCUCCCCAGAUCAUCUCUGGUCCAAGAUAUUAUUUGGGGAAAAACAACCAGCCCUUGGGAGCGCUCUUUAAAAACUACAUAGUGAGCAAAGAGUAAAUGUCCCUGUCAGGUGCUUACAUAACACAGUCACUCUCCUUGAAAUCAGUGAGUUAUGUAAGUGUGUACAUUUCACUUAGGCUGCUCUAGCCUUUUCAUCUCUUCACAGACUAUUUUCAUUUUGUUUAUUCUUCAGCUGGCCCAUGGUCCUGGAACCUUUCUAAUGCACUGUAAAUUAGUACUCUUAUUUUUAGGACUGUGACAAAAAUAAAAUAUUAGCACAUCAUCUUUGUCACAAUUUCGGCUGCAAGAUUAGCCUUUUAAAUUCAGAUCUGCAUCCUUGUUGCUCUCUGCUCAAUCACUAGCAGCUACAAACUGUCAAAGCAGCAAAAAACAAGAACAGACAUUGGAUUGCCACAAGUAUUUCCUAUGCUAUGCAUAUAGUUCCAAACAGGCAAUGCUUUUUUGGGGGGUCAGUGGGGUGGGCGGUCAGGGUAUGUCCUAUCAUACUUUGAUGUUGUUGUUUUUAGUGUCAGCUGCCUGAAAUAUGAAAAUAAUUUAAACAAUCCCUCAAAUGUCUGUGUAGGGCAGAAACAGAGAAAUCUUCACACUUCUGAAAUUUUUAACUGUACAUUUCAGAAUAAAAUCAUCUUAAAGAUUAAUAUUCCAGAACAUGAAAUAGGCAUCAUUAUUUAGGUUUACAGUCCUAAAAGAAGAUGGGAGAUUAUUUGGAUUACAUAGUGUUUUAGAAAUUUGUAUGAUCAAAUUUGACUCGGUUCUAUAUUUUGCUUUAUCUUUGUCUAUAUUAAGAAGGUACAAUCAACAAAGAUAGAAUGCUGCAUGACCUGGUAAUUCUUUCAUCAUGGACCUGUUCAUUUUAUUUAUGCAAGGGUAUUCAGUAAGGAAGGAUUUCAGAGAAUCAAAUAAUUUCUUUACUGCAAAUUGUAGCAAAUGUUACUAAGCUGUUUUUUUUUCUUGGACCAGAAUAGAUAACUGUCGUUUUAUUGUACAUGUCAGGACUGCCAAGUAUUUCUUGAGAAAUUGCUGUCUGUAGGAACGUUAAACAGUUUGGAAUUCUGUUCUCCCAUGCUUUGGAGAAAUAAUCUGAUCAGGGUCAUGAGAAAAUCAGUAUCUUCACUGAAACUUAGUACGGUGGUUCGUACCUUAUGGCUUGGAGCUACUGAUGGGAUCCUCAGCAAUUGUCUUGUACAUGGGGGACAUCCCAUUCCCUCUCUGUUUUAUUAAAGCAGCAGACUUACUGAAUCUUUUCCUAAUGAUCUCUAUGGGUCCUUCCUGACAUUAGAAAUCUAUCAUACUGAAUCCUGAGCGAUCUCCUAUAAAAUGCUGAGGGAACCAGGGAGACCCAAGGUAUACUUGAUGCACUUAAAAUCUUCAUUCUGAUACUGGGACUAUUAACCAGUUCUAGCUGUAUUCCCUAUUUAAGAAUAAGGAAUAUUUCUGGACCCAGUAAUAGCUCCACCCAUAAAUUUCUAAAGGCUUAUCUACAUGAAUACUUAGUUCAUGACGAGCUGUCAUGUGAAUCUAUCCCCUGCUAACCCGAUGCACACUAAGUGUUCACAUAGACCCUGCUGCAGUGCACUAAAAGCUCCCUCGUGUGCUUUUGAUCCACCCUGAAGCAUCAUUAAAGUUCAGAAUUCCAGAUACAGACUUCCUAUUUUAGGCUGCAUGGGUUUGUUUGUGUGUUUGUAGUGACCAGGCAGAAGGCUGCCAUGUUACGGGAAAAGCUACCUGUCACUGUCCUAGUGGAAUAAAGGAAAACAUGGUUGCUGCAGCUGCUGUGUGGGAAGAGAGUACAGGUUUAUCACUGAAAGGGAAGUCAUGCCACAAUGAAGAAGUUGUUGAAAUCCUAGGUCCCCACUCAUAUAUCACUUCCAACAAGCUAAUAUCCUGUGUUACUGUCUCCUUCAUGAAGGCAACUUCAUGCUUUAGGUAGAUGGUGGUGAUGAAGAAGAAAGCAUUCCACCCUUCUUCCCCUAGACAACUACACUAUGUCUCUGCAGCAAGAGCUCUCUUGUGGUUGGUAGAAUCUUGUUAGGCCAUUGCACUUGGUAUUGGUAAAAGUGAGGGCCUCCUUGUCACACAGUUUGGCUCAGUUGGUGAGGUAUGGGAGAGCUCACAUAGAGUUCCUGUUGAUGCCACUAUGGAUUGUGUAGACUGUAUCUCUAAGGAACUCUUUUAAGUUGCUUUAAAAUUUCAGUAGUUUAUGGUUUCGGGAAAUAGGGACAACAUAACUUCAGAGGCACAGAACAAACUUCUCCUCUUGGUUCUGCAGGGAGGAACUCUAUUGCAGGGGUUGGCAACCUUCAGCACGUGGCCCAUCAGGGUAAUCCACUGGCGGGCCGUGAGACAUUUUGUUUACAUUGACCAUCUGCAGGCAUGGCUGCCCGCAGCUCUCAGUGGCCACGGUUUACCAUUCCAGGCCAAUGGGAGCUGUGGGAAGCACUAGUCUGGCACUAAAAACAAGCUGCAGUGCAGUCUGAGUCUUGUUUUUUCAGAUCUGUAUAAAUUUACAGUACAAGUUAUGCAGAUCUACUGUGUUCCUAUUUAAGGGCCUGAUCCAAUGCCUACUAAAGGCAAAGGGAGUGUUUCCAUUGACUGCAAUGGGCAUUGGAUCAGGUCCGAAAUAUAUAAAGCAGAGAACAUUUUAAAAUAUCAUAGUAACAAUAUGAACCUUUAUUUCUAGCUCAUGUUUUCCAUCAUUUUCUUUGCCAUUUCAUCUAGGUAUCAGAGUACACUUAUAAUGAAUAUCCCCAAAUUCUGCAGCAUCCCUUUUGUAAGCUGUAAUGUUUUGGACCACUACUCUACAGUAUUGCAAUAUGUACUAUAAAGAAUAUUUGGGAUAGCUUCAUUUUAGCUCAUUGCCACCUUCUGCUGGAGUCUGCAAUUAGUCAACAAGGAGUUUAUAACAUCACAGCCAUGGCUCUGGGAAUAGACUGUGAUGUCACAGAUGCACCACUAUAGGCUUCAUUCACUCCACUAUAUAGGUGACAUUUGCACUGCUGCCUUCACCCAGUAAUUUCUCCAUGGGAGGGCAGCUUUAAAUUGUUACUGGGGCUCUGUGGGAGUCCUGUUAGCAAAUACUUCCUGGAAGAUGUGCUGAAUUUGGCAUAUCGUCAGAGUGCCCUGGCCAUGCCACUGUGUCCAGUGCCAUCCAUUUUUUCGGCUAUGUUGCCUACCACUAUGGCCCUUUAUAGAAUGAUGGCUCUGGAUGCCAUGUGAUGCUGUUCCCUUCCUCCUUCAGUACAGACUUUCCUUCUCUGGAUGCACAGGAAUUAAUCUCUCUGAGAGACUUCCUUGUCAUGUCUGGGUUCACUAAGAAGUAAAGAUUUUCUAAAGGAAUCCUCCACUUUUUUUCCUAUCCAGUCACCUUCUUGAAGUCAGAUUUUUCCAAACUCCUUAUAUUAUGAUUUUUAAUAUAAUCAAUAAUAAAAUGAGUUUGGAAAAAUAUAUACAUAAAUAAUUGCCAUUUAACAUCAUUUAUAAAAAAGGUAUGAUUUAAUCAUCCAUUCUGAAUCUUACCAACUAACCAAAGGCUGGAUUUUGGUGAUAAAGGUCCAAAUUCUGUGCUGACUUACACCCAGUAAAUAUGAUUAUAGCCAAAUUCUCCAUUUGCUCCAAAGUAGCAUGUAUUGAGACUUGGUUUCAUAGAGGAUAUUAUUUUAAAAUAAUUUUUAGGUGGUUUCUGAGGAAUUCCAUAUAUAUUUCUGUAUUAGUUUUAAAUUUAUUUCAAUUAUUUUAAUGUUUUAUGCUGGCAAGAAUGUUUUGUCACUAGGACUGCUCUUUGGCAGUUGACAUCUGGCAUUUGUACAGUGAAUGCUUUAAAAAUGUAAUUGAAACAGGAUUUUGAUAGUUGAAAAUUAUGAAAUUACUAACAAAUUUACUAGCCUGUUUAACAAACAUAAACUGGCAAAUGUUCCUAAAAGAACGUCAAAUAUCAAAAGGAAGUUAUACUUACUCCCUUCUGUUUAUACACAGUAUACAACUACUGGAAGACAGAAUAUCAUUUGCUAUCUGAUUUCUGUUAAUUGUUUUUACUGGGGUAUACUGAGCCCUGGUAGGACUAUCUCCAAAAUGGUGGACAUUUGAAAAUAAAAAGUAAAGAGUGUCUAAAUAAAGCUGUGGUAUAGUAUCUCCAACCAGCAAACCACAUGGGGCACUCCAUGAACAUCGAAACAGCAUUCCUUGUUCUCUCCACAACAGUGUGAUAACGUUUGGCCUGAUUCAAAGGGAGUAUGGAGUAAUUACAACCUCAGGAUGGCACCAUACAAGCCCCGCUUCCAUUGAGUGCUUCUGGGAAUUGGGAGGUGACCUUAGGGGCUGGAGCUAGUCCCGCAUUCACCACACCCCUGCAACCAGCAUAUUAUACCAGAUCCUAAUUUACUACCAGCAUUAUAAAGUAUACAGCGACUGCAAGGUUAAUAUAUAUAUUUUUGUUGUCUUGACUUUCAAAGAUGUUAAGAAACCACAGCUCCUCCUGAGAUCAAUAGGAGAGGUAAUGGCUUAUCACGUAUGAAAAUUAGCUUCUUUGUUGCUCUGAAGUGCUUCUUGAGACUGAGACAAGUAAGGAUUUUAGUCUCAUUUAAAUAAUUAGGAGUUUUGCCUAUUGGAUUGGGGCCUCUGUAUGCAAAAUGCCAUGCACAGGAUAAUGGAAAACCUGCAUUGUUCCCCUGGGUGUAAUGUAAAAGUUGAACAAUUCAAAUGUUGGUCAAAUAUAACUUCUCUUCUGUGCUCCUGAUCCUCCUUCCCUGGCACUGAACAUCCAUUACCAUUAUAUAUACUGUCUUACAGUAGCAAAGAAAGAUUCCAGUCAGGAUUGUAGUGGAGUUAAACAUGUAUGAUGACACAGUAAGGCAAUGGGGCAUAAGCAGAUGCUUAAAUGCUUUGCUGAAUCAGGGCCUAAAUUAGUCAAAGACAACCAGCUGUCCCUUCCUCCCUAGAACAGUUAACUUCUCACCUCCUCAGCAAACAUCACAGUGGCACCAUAACAGCUAAGAAAGAUGCUCAAAAACAUUUCAGUCAGGGGCUGAUCCAAAGCCAAUGUUCCAUUGAUUUCAGUGGGACGUUUUUGUGGGCAAUUUAGAUCGUUCCUAUUUGAUAGCAGCCAGUUCAUCCUUCCUGGUUAAGAACCACCCUCACUUUUAGGGUACAGUGAGGAUACUGCCUUCAGACUGUCAGAGAUUUUAACAGACCAUAUGGGUUUUCCAUCCCUCUCAGCAAGUGAAUGUUUUUCCUUUUUAAUGGAAAAAAGAAAGUCCAAAUAAAACACAGAAGCAAAUUAUGAGCUAGAUUCUCAGCUGGCAUAAAUCAUUGUAGCUCCCUUCAUUUCAACAGAGCUAUGCAGAUUUGAACCAGCUGAGGGUCUGGCUCUACAGUUAUAAAAUUGAUGGAAAUAAGCCUACAAACCUUUCAAAUUCAUAUGUUUUAAAACUAUUCUAAGAUGAUGCUAUUUAGUUAAAGGUACUUUUCUGUAAACUUAGUUGUUUUCCAUAAAUACAAAGCACAAGUGGCUCCUUUGGAUGGGUAUAUGUUGGUUGCAACUGUGAAGCAGACAUGUUGUUGUAAUUUACAAUUCUGCCACAUCAAGGUAUGAUAGUGCAAAACCAAAUCAUACUUUGAGUGUGACAGGAUGUGUUUUCCAAUAUGAGACCCUAUUUCAAUAUAUAUAUAUAAAAUAAAUGGAGCAUACAAUAUUCUGUGUAUUCAAGUACUGUAUAGUGCAUGGGGUGAAAAAAAUGUUAAAAAUAAAGUUUCUAUGAACCGAGUAAAAAGACAAAAACCUUCAUCAUAGCAAUGAAGACUUACCAAUAAAUACCUAUUUCACAGAAAUACAUGCCCUCAAAUAAGAGAGUGUCUCUGAUGAAUUCAAAUCAUGCUAAUGUUUUCCACUCAUUGUCAAAAGACUUUGUUAGACUUUAAUGAGGCGAUUAUAGUUUUUUCUAGUACCUAACUGCUUGCUUUUGGGAGGGGGGUGUUUCCCCUUUUCUGGUUACUUUUGCAUGCAGUAAACUUAUUGUUUAGGAAGUUCUUUCUGUAAUUUAUAUCAAAGGUCACAUUCUAAUCUCAGAUGCUACUUGUCUUUAAAAUGUAGUUGCUGUUUGUUCUUCCCGUGCUCUGUGCCAUUUCUCUUCAUCACAAUACUAACAUACGGUGAUAAACACUGGACCUCUGGAAUUAGUUUUGAUCAUUGAGUACCAGUGUUCAUCAGGAACUAGAAAAUAGACUGGCUGUAACGUAGUCCUUGGUUUUAGCCUCGACUGAAUGCAACCAAAUAGUGAAUCUGUAUAAUAAUUAUAAUGCACUCACUGUCAAUAGGGCAUCAGUGAAAUGCAAGUCAAUUUCAAAAGUUCUGGGGAAAAGAUCUAGACCUCCUUUACAAACCUGACUUAACAAUAGUCUAUAAUACUGCAAAUAGAAAAACAUUGUUGAUUAUUAUUCUACAGCUCAUCAUAAUUCCUAUCCAUCCUCUGUUCUGUACUAUUCUAGUUACCUUUCCUGGUUUUAUUGUAUGUUUUUCUGCUCUUUGGAUCUCUUUUAUUUUGCAUCAGUCUCUGCAAGUACCUCCCUAGGUCCUUUGUGGAAAGCCAUGUUUCAUAGACAUCGUUAGCAUGCUGCCGAGUUUUUUUGUGUGUAAAGUAUCUGUGUGGAGUAUAAUAUAUGAAAGAAAUAUUUUCAUAGUU